GAUUGAACAAGCCAUUUAGUUCAGGUUUUUUCUCAGAGAGGAAAGCAGACGUAACUUAUAGUUAAACUCAGCCUGUCAUGAAAUUUUAACGACCCCGCAAUUAUUCAUUACAUCAAGAAUUUCACAAUCAAAAGUGCAGGCUUCCAAACAUUGUGAAGAUAUAGCCAAAUUAGUUAUAACAAUUCGAAAGCCCAAUCAAUAUUAGCACGGUCAAAAAAUUUCUACAGCUAGUUCUCAACCAUGAUCAGAUGCAAGAUUGGUACGGUAGACAAACUUGAAUUGUGCUGAGACGUGAUGAUUACUGGCCAUUCCAAUACAAAUCAUAAAUUUUGGACAAUGCCAACAACUCCAAGCAAGCCCACAUGAAUUCAGGGCAGAUGCAACAGUACCCACAUGUGGGACUCGAGCCCACUCUUAUCAUAAUGCCGACAGAGGUUGUCCAACCAUAGUCUUGUAACUUUCUCCAUGUUGCUCUCUGCUCCUCUCCACCCUAGACUCUUCUAGGAACCCUGUUUUUGGGAUAAAACAAGGCUAUAUCAAUCGUUUUCCUUACAAGACUAGACCACCUAUUUUUGGGAAAAAAACUAGUACUAUUUUUGGGAAAAAAACUAGUACAUCGUAAUCAAAGCUUCGACAGAGAGUUUUCAAGAUGAAGUUGCUAGGUUGGAUGCAUCGGAAGUUGAGGCAGAACUACAAUGAACCAACAAAGAAUUUCACAAUAGGAAACCCCUCCACUUGCUUCUCAGGACAGGUGUUUUUCGAUGGAAAAAAAUACCAUAUGGAAACAGCCCAUACUUAUUCGCGCUCAGGGCAUCCUAACAAAGCGGAAACAGUGUUUCAAGAAGAGUCAUCUGAGCCAUUUGCUUUUCUUGCUAUUGGAACUUUUGGUUCAGAACUGAUGGAUACAGACCCCCCAACACCCACAUUUUUUACGCCUUUUGAGACUGUGACAACCAAUGAACAGAUGGAGAUAGAAGAGAACUAUCCGAAGCUUAUAAACUAUGAGCUAGAGAAGUUUCUUGAAGCUGAAGCUGAAGAGAUUGGGGAUGAUUCACCAAAGAGGAGCAGUCUAGCGAGCAUCAUAACCAUCUGUAACGAAGGGAUUGAAGGUGCAGAUUCUGAAGCCUAUGCAAAUGCGGUUGCAUUUCCUCUGCAAAAUUCACUCUUGGGCUCAUCAAUUCAUGAAAUGGCUUGGAUAAGGGUAGAACCAGAUAAAGAAAAGGCAUCAUUUGAGGAGGGUUUUAAGAAAAACAAGAUAGUUGAUGACGAUCCUAAAGGGAAAAGUGAAGGAUCUGAGAAACGAGCCAAAGGAAAUUAUCUAAAGCAUUUCAUAAAGAUGAUGAUGAAGAAGCUCCAUUCUACGUCUAAAGACAGUAGUGUUUCUUCUAUUGAUGCUACUAAAUCCACUUCAAUUAAGAAGAAACUCCCUAAGGGACUAAAGAUAUUCCACAAGAAGGUUCACCCUGAAGGAUUAAUAACUGAAAAACAGUUCAAAUUGGAAAACGAUAUGGCCAAAAACAUUUCCCGCGAACAUGAAGGUGGCCAUCAGAUUGAAAAGGACAAUGGAAAGAGGUCUUCUCAAAGAGCCAACAUAAAGCAGCAUGAACAGAACGCUAUGAAACUAUCUUCAAAUGGUCUAAGCAAAGGUGCUUCAAUGGUAAAUAGAGAGCACUGGAUCAGAACAGAUACUGAGUACUUGGUCUUGGAGCUGUAGAAGCAAAAUGCUUGAAGCAAACAUAAUCUGGUCGAGUAUGUCUAUGAGGAGUUUGAUAAGCUGUUGUAUAUUAUAGAAACUUUCGUCAUCGAGUGAAUUCAAAUAUUAUAUAAAAUUAAAAUAGGACCUUCCUAUAUAUCGAUAUACAUACAUAAGCUUUCUAGAUCUAGUUAUUUCUGCCAAACGUUUUCAAUAUUUAAACUCUGGAGUAAAUGUUGAAACAAUGUAAUUGUUCACUUGUAUCAUCUGCAUAUAUAUAUGUCUGUUUGUGUUAAAA